AUGGAUGAUGACUUGCUUGCAUCACUACCACCACUCCCAGAGCCCAACUUGUGGGAAAUGCGCUCUGAAGCCUGCUGCGGCAGUAGUCUGGUGCUGGGCCUUGUGACAGGCUUUGUGGCAGCCACGCGCCAGAUGAGUCACCGACUGGAAGGCCAUGUGCCGCAGGCCGUGCAGCAGACCUUUGUGGUGGCCAUCCACCUGGAGGCCCUGGUGGCCAUGAUUUGUCUCUUUGGCUUGUGGUGGGGAGAUCCAGGAGUGGUGAAGCGCACUCGGGAAAAUUGCUUGCCGAUUCCAGAGCCUGUCAAGCAAGCUCUUCAGGCAGGCAGAUCCCUGGAUCAUUUGCAGAACGUCACAGAGGACGGGAGCAGCUACUGCGUGCGAUGCUGCAUGUGGCGCCGCACCAGAGAUGCAACCACGACUUCGGCUUGUUUCGACGAUGGCGGUCUUGCCGACUUUCACCAUUGCUCAACUUGUCAGCGCUGCGUGGCCAACUUUGAUCAUCAUUGUGGAGUGUUUGGGCGUUGCAUCGCUGGCAAAGGGUUCGGAGGAAAUAUGGGUUUCUUCAAAACCAUCAUUGCAAUGGGAGUAGCGGGUGGUGCAACCUGCUUUGGAAGCGCCAUUCUGGCCUUGAUGCAGGAGGAGUCGAGCUCUAUGCUUGGAAUCAUACUGCUUGCAUACGCGACGCCAAUGUUUCUUGGAUGCUGCGUAUUUCUGUGCAGCUUGCCCGCAAGUCAAAAUCCAUGCAAGUGGAAGGAGUGCACGCAACGAAGGAUAUGA